AUGAAAAUUACAGACAAAUACGGGGAAGACAGAAAUUUGAGUGAUAUGAACUCUUGCAGUAUUUCAGAAAAGAUGGGGUUUGCCUCACCUGCUAUCACAACCUUUCAGAUAAGUGAGCCUCGGAGCCAGAAAAAGGCAUCCACAUGCUGCACUCGGACUGCCCUGAGCAUCUACCUGCUGCUGCUGACGGCCGGCCAGGGGCUGCUGAUGUACAAAGUGUUUAAGAUGCAGAGAGAGAUACUGGAACUCCAGGAGCAAAAUGCCUCCUAUACAGAAGAGAUUCUGCAGCGCUACUCUGCCAACCAUCUGGCCUUGUCGAGAAGCUCCACUUGGAAGGACUUUCUCAUGGGACAAGAAGAAAACUGGAGGAGAAGCUUAGAAGAGGAAAUCACCAUAAUUAAAAGCAACAAUGCAAACCUGAUGAUGAGGAUGAGCAACAUCACCUUGGUUGCAGGGCCUCCUGGACGCAAAGGAGAUCCUGGAGUACCAGGGUUACGGGGACCACCAGGGACAAAGGGAGACCGAGGUGGACCCCAGGGGGAAAAGGGGAGCAAGGGAGCUGCUGGUCCUGCUGGCCCAAGUGGUUAUCCAGGAGCCAAAGGAGAAAAAGGAGAGAUGGGGAUUGCAGGUCCCCAAGGACAGAAAGGUGACAAGGGCGAGAAGGGACACCACGGGCUCCCGGGAAUCAUGGGUCCUAAGGGUGAGCAGGGAUUCCCAGGAGUGCCAGGUGACCAGGGGAGCCCCGGGAAGCCUGGACCGCCUGGGCAGAAAGGAGAGGCAGGUGCAACUGGACAACUUGGACCUCCUGGAAGUCCUGGCCCUGAAGGCAGACCUGGUCAGAAAGGGGAAAAGGGUGACCAGGGCCCCAAAGGUAGCCCAGGAGCACAAGGCAUUGCUGGACUCAAAGGUGCAAAGGGAGAACAAGGAAUAGCAGGACCUCCAGGGCAAAAGGGAGCAAAGGGAGACCAGGGCCCAGCAGGCACCCCAGGCCCAGCUGGUCAAAAAGGAGCCAAGGGGGAUUACGGCCCUAAGGGUGUGAAAGGAGAGCCAGGACUAAAAGGAGCCAAGGGAGAGAUUGGAUAUACUGGUUCCUCAGGACUGAAAGGGAGCAAAGGUGAAAAAGGAGAAGUUGGCCCUGGUAAUUACGUACGAAUCGUGGGAGGAGACAGGAGGGGCCGUGUGGAAAUCUUCUACAGAGGGUCCUGGGGAACCAUCUGUGACGACGGCUGGUCCGCGCGCGAGGCCGGCGUCGUCUGCCGCAUGCUGGGCUUCAGCCGGGCCGUCACCUUCUUCACAGCCCCAGCAGGUACCGGACAAAUUUGGCUUGAUGAUGUGAGUUGCACAGGGAGUGAAAUGUCAAUUACGGACUGUAGCAAGCGCAGCUGGGGUGAAAAUAACUGCAGCCACAAUGAGGAUGUUGGGGUGGAGUGUGCUUGA